AUGACCAACGUCUCACCUCCACCCCUCCUCACGGAACGCAUCGUCGCACAACGUCUUUCAGCCAGAUCCAUUGGAGCUAGUCCUCUCGAAUCGCCCGACUUGCUUGCCGUCAUCAUGGGAGAGCCAGGUCGAACGUGUGCAUGUACUCCACGCUCACUGCUUGUACCAGCAGGCGGAGUGUCGACGCUGGAUCCAAGUCAACGUGUGAGCGCAAAGGAGCUGCAAGCCAGAGAUCGCCAAUGGCAGCGACAACGCAACAAGAAGCCGACUCAGCAGACAGUCAAGCCAAGGACUUCACUCGGUAGCACCUUCAGCGAAGCAACGUUGCGUGAUGAUGAAGGCGCACCGCUUCCGUCUGGUACGAAGACAAAGAAGAAAGGUCUACUUUCGAUGUUCGGGCGCAAGGACGACAAGGAGACCAACGCGAAUGGUUGA